CUUAAACUGUGAAAUAAAUAUACUUUAGCAAGUUUGAAUCAGUUAUUGUUCACAGCUUUAAGAGAAGGACCUUUUUAAGGUCCUGCCUCUUUCAUUAAACUGAUAUUAAGAGGCUAAAGUAUGAAAGGUCAAGCGGAGAAAAAUGGAUAUCGGUAAAGUAUCAGCAUGCGUGAGAAGCCAGCAGAAUGUCAUGCUCACGCAGGUCACGUGAGGGGCACAACAGAAAUGUGCUCACGUGAUCCUCCUACAUUGCACUCAACCCUUACCAAGGCAAAUGGUAAAAAUUCAAACCCCCAAUCAACUCAUCAUUCAGAAACAUGUAUCGAUAACACUUUACUUCCAACUCCUGGUGGACGGUUAAAAUUUUUUAAAGACGGAAAGUUUAUUUUGGAACUAUCCCACCGUAGGGAUGGAGAAAGAACUACAUGGUUUCCAGUCCCAAAGAAAACAUUUUGGCCACCAGCCAGCACAACUCCAAAUAGGCAAGAGAGUUCUACCUCUCUUAGUGUUUCCGACGAUAAUUCAUCGGUUCAGUCAAGUCCCUGGCAAAGAGAUCAUUGUUGGAAACAAGCAAAUCCAAGGCGUAGGAUAUCUACAGAGUUUAAUUUUUAUUACUAUAGAAAUCCAAGAAAUCGUCUGUGCGCGAAUCCUCGUUUAAUCGCAAGAAAGCGUAGACGUCCAUUAGAUCCUACUUCUCUGCUACUUGUUCCAGAAUCAAUAACAAAUUAUACUAAGCCAAUACGUAAAGCAAAUGGUACAUCAACAGGGAAGGUUCUAAACCUUAUUAUCGACAAAUUAGCACGUCUUUUAGAUCCUAAUGUCGUUUCACCCCGUAAACGUAUUUUGCGGUUUUUAGAAGAUCAAGCGUCCAAGAGACGCGCAACUCCACAGCCUGUUUGUACAACAACGGCUCCUACUCCAUCGCCAAAACAAUUAUCUUCAUACAGCAUAACUAGUAUCUUGGGAGAAGAUAAACCGAGCCAUGAACAAGGCUUCUUAAGGAAUUUAUUAAAACCAGAUGACAGACAAACUGUGAAAUACUCAUCAAGUAACUCGUAUCCAAGAGUACGAAUGGAUCCAUACAUUGGUACAGCUAACACACCUCUUCAGCACCCACUUUAUGGUGUACCAAUGUUACCUCCUGCGCCAUAUAGAGCUCCCUUAUGGAUGCAUUAUCCAUCACCCGUCCAUUAUCCACCUCCUAUGCCAUUAUAUGCACCACCACCACCUCAUCCUCCAUCUCCUCCAGUUCAUCAUUACAAAGACUACAGGGAACAAACUCUCACACCUCCUUCAGAUAUGCCUCUAAAUCUGUCGAAGCAUGCGGGUUGAAUCUCAGGAUCCUAAAAGUUGGUGCCUUAUCAAUGGACAAAACUGCGCAAACACUGCCCG